CACCAACAUGCCAUUGACAGCUACAGAAGGGCAACAAAGUGCAGGAUUCUUGACAAAGUCCCUCUCUAUAGAGGAUGAUGAUCCAGCGACGACAUUGAGACGAGGCUUGGAGGAGGAUUUUGGCGCAGACUUAGACGAACAAGAAGUCAGAAGCAAUAAAACGUCUGUAGCUGAUGUCUACCUACAAGCCUGCAAGCUUCUGGGUGUUGUUCCAGUCUCCUACUUCAUCCGGAACCUUGACUCUCGCACCAUGACCCUCAACCACCACGGCCUUGGACCGUUGGGGUGCAAGGCACUCGCUAUUGCCUUGGUGAGUGACACGCAUCUCAACACUCUGGAACUGGCAGACAACUACAUCCAAGCAGAGGGAGCCAAGGACCUGUCAGAGAUGCUGAAAGCUAAUUUCACCAUUCAACAUUUGGACUUGUCGGACAACCAUCUUCAUUCUUCUGGAGCUGAGUAUGUGGGUAAAAUGUUGCUGGACAGCCUUUCACUAAAAUCGAUCAAACUUUCAGGAAAUGGAUUUACAGAUGAUGAUGCAAAGUAUUUUGCAGAGGCUUUGUCUGUCAAUGUAAGUAUGAAGGAAUUAGAUCUCAGCCAUAAUAAGUUUUGUGGACGAGGAGGGGAGCAUCUAGGACUGUUGUUAGCAAACAACGAGUGUCUGGAGGUGCUGAACCUUUGUUGGAAUCAACUCAGAAUGAAAGGAGCUGUUGCUCUCAGUGCCGGACUCAAGGUGAACACGAUGUUAAAGCACCUUGACCUAUCAUGGAAUGGUUUUGGGAAUGAAGGGGCCCUAGCAAUAGGCGAAGCUCUGAAAUUCAAUCGCACUCUGGUGCACCUCAAUCUCAACAACAACCGAAUCACCAAUGGGGGUGUCAGCAUGCUCUGCAGGGGCCUUGAGUACAACGACACCUUGCAGGUGCUGAUGCUGGCUUACAAUUCACUAACAGUAGAGGGUGCACUGUCCUUGGUCUAUAUGGUGAAGAAAAUGCCUAAAACUUCCUUGGAGGAGAUUAACAUCAGUAAUGUGUUGGUCAAUGAAAACUUUUUACAUCUGCUGGAGGUGACUUGCAAAGAGCAUCCUGGUGUGAAUGUACAAUAUGCAGGUGUUGGAGGGUUUAUUGCCAAGAAACCAUUAAAACGCAUCGACCCAAUGAAAGUCAUCCAGGACUAUCUGAAUCAACACAAGCUACGUCUGUGGGAUUUCUUCCGAAAUAUUGACAAAGAUGCCACAAUGCGAGUCCCUGUGAUUGAUUUCAGGAACGCAAUACAGCAAUCAAGUGUUCCCUUGGAUCGAUUCCAAAUUGAGGAGCUUAUCCAAAGGCUGGAUCGCGACAGGACAGGAAUGGUGGACUACAGGGGACUGGUCGAUACCAGGAAGCAGAUGAUGCAGAAUCACCGCCGACAACUGCGCAAGGUCGCAUCCCGUCUGAAGAAAGAGAAGCGUAAGAGCGACCGCAUCCUCAAGACCUUCCAGAACGCUGUGGAGGCAGUGACACCACACGGCUCUGCGGUCAUCUCUCCAGAGGACACCAAAGAAGAUUCCACUGGGUCAAAUCGCUUUUCGGCCACUUUCCUUAGCUCUCGCCACCACAUCGUGAUGUCAAACAGUGGCACAAUCUCCAACCCCAGCAGUGGCCAAAUCCACCUGCCCGUGUUGGCAGGCAGGACGCCACACCGUUUCACCAAGUCUCCAAACUUGCACUCACGUUCUCAACCCAAUUUGCAGAUUUGUUCCCUUUGGUCUGCCGAAGGCAGGUCCAUUCCUGCACGGGCUGUUAGUUCCAAUCUAGAAACGGGCCACAGCAAGCUUAAACAACCAACUGUUAACCACCUGACCAGGUCCAGACCUGCUCUUGACACCACAGAGUUUGGGAUUAAAGCCAGGAAAGGCAACAAAUCUAAAGCGAAGAAACUUGUGGGGAAGUACUCAAAGAAUCCAAAGACAUUUUAAAAAUUUCAGUCAACAAUGUGUCUCAAUAUUGGUGCGAUUUAAUUCGCUUGACCAGUGGAGGCUGUUUUACUCAGAAAACUGAAUAAACACAAGCAUGUCGCCAUCA